AUGGCAGACAAGAAUUCUCAAUGCAUGAGUGUGAGGCUUCUGAUUAGCAAGAAAAAUAGUAAAAUAGUUUAUGCCGAGGCUGGAAAGGAUUUUGUGGACCUGCUUUUAAGCUUUCUCACCAUGCCGCUAGGUUCGGUGAUGAAAUUACUUUCAGCAUCAGGAAGCUCAAGGAAAGUUGGCUCAGUUACCAGUCUAUAUGUUGCUCUGGAAAAGCUUCCUGCCCAGUACAUGAAUGGCGAUAAAUCUAAGCUGCUAGACCCAAAACCUGUGUCAAAAUACUCUACCCAAAAUCUCCUAAUUGAGAAUUUGAGUAGUUCAUUUUAUAUAUGUAAAAAAUUUCGUCCCUAUGGUACUCACUCUGUCAGCACCAUCCCUGACGAAACCUGCGUAUGUGGGCUUGCUCUGAACUACCCUAUGGAAUUCUCUUCGAAAGCUUGUCAAAGCAACAUCCAAGUUACAGAUGGGGGAAGUAGCAAUGGUUAUGUUAAGGGGACUGUUACGUUUAUGAUAACUGAUGACUUGAACAUAACUCCCAGUUCCACAAUCACAUGUAUUAAGUUGCUCAAUCAAUGGAUAAAGAGGCAGAGAGAAAUCAGUUUAGCCAAGCUUAAUGAGAUUCUUAAAAGCCAAAAAGAUGCAGAUGAUAGAAGAGGUAUUGGAUUUGACAAAGGUGAAAGCUCUGGAUCUGGUCAAGGGAACCCCAAGUCUCAACAUCACAAGAACAAAGCUAAAUGGUCUCUACUAGAUGAAAAGGGGAAAGAGAAAGUGGAGGAGAUCAUAGAUAAAAUGAAGAAGACAUGGGUGAAGAAGAGUGAUUUAGUUAUUGGAAAUGGGCCUGUGCCUGAUUUUGGUGCUGCAAAUUCCUCUGAGAAUUAG